GUAGUUGAGGUCGCGAACAACAGCUUCUGUAUUCUCCGACAGGAAUUGAAUGCAGCAGGAGGAAUCACGCGUUGUUUUCCUGGGUGCAAAUAUGGCGGACGAUGGAGAGUCUUUGGAGUCUUGGCUCAACAAAGCCACUAACCCAUCCAACAGACAGGAAGACUGGGAGUAUAUAAUGGGCUUCUGUGACCAAAUCAAUAAGGAGCUAGAAGGCCCUCAAAUAUCUGUUAGGCUGUUGGCUCACAAGAUCCAGUCUCCUCAGGAAUGGGAGGCAAUACAAGCAUUAACGGUACUCGAGGCUUGUAUGAAGAACUGCGGACAAAGAUUUCACAACGAAAUUGGGAAAUUUAGGUUUUUAAAUGAAUUGAUUAAAGUUGUUUCACCUAAAUACCUGGGAGAUAAAGUGUCUGAGAGAGUGAAGGCAAAGGUGAUCGAGAUGCUCUACAGCUGGACUCUGUCUCUGCCAGAUGAAGCAAAGAUCUGUGAAGCGUAUCAGAUGUUGAAGUCGCAGGGUAUUGUUUUGGAUGACCCAGAAAUCGCUAUUGAUGCCACAUUGAUACCGUCACCUUCUCCUCGACCCAAGAAUCCAGUUUUUGAAGACGAGAAGAAAAGCAAGAGAUUAUCGGAGCUGCUGAAGAGCAAAAAGCCUGAGGAUCUGCAAGAGGCGAACCGGCUCAUCAAGAACAUGGUUAAGGAGGAUGAGGUAAGAACGCAGAAGGCUUUAAAGCAAAAAGGCACACUGGAGGCAGUCAACAACAGUGUCAAACUCCUUAAUGAGAUGCUUGCUAACUUCAGUCAAGAAGACUCAACAGACGGAGACAAGGAGCUCAUUAGGGAGCUGUUUGCUGAUUGUGACAGGCUCAGGCAAAGUGUGUUUCAGCUUGCUACCGAGACCGAGGAUAAUGACAGCAGCUUGGGAGACAUCCUGCAGGCCAGUGAUGACCUUUCCCAUGUCAUUAGCUUGUAUAAGAAAACUGUGGAGGGACAGACAAUCAAUGGAGAGUCUGGGGAAGCACAACAAACAACUGUAAGACAAGGCAGCAGUCACACAAACCAGUCAGAGAUUCUGAUUGACCUGUUAGGUUUGGACAACCAGAGCGCUUCUCCACCAGAGCAGCAACCUCAGAUAUCUCUUUAUUUCCCCGCUGAUGUGCUUUGUGGACCUGCUGCGACUGACCCACAGCAUCCCUGCCUCAGCACACCCUCUGCAGCACUCUCUCUCUUGGACGAAGAGCUGCUAUCUUUAGGUCUUGAUGAACCGAAACCUGUUCCAAGUAAAUCAACAAAUGUAAACCUGAGCAGUUAUUUACCCUCCUUACAGGACUCAAGAAAAGAUUUGGAUCUUUUUGACACCACUUCAUCUUCAGUUGAAGAGUUCCCUACAGCUUCACUUUUCCCAGACUUCCUCUCAGCAACAGCUGGCUUAAACAAUUCUUCAACAAAUAACUCUGCCUUAAGUUACCCUGGUGACAUCUUGUCCAGGCAUCCAGCUUCUACAGAAUCCAUCCUAACAACAUCAAACAUAUUCCCACAGCCCACCAGCUCAGUAUUGAACACCCCGGCCCCUGCUCCUUUUCUUGAGUCCUUUCCUCCUCCAUCAGCCACCCCUGUGACUUCACAUCAGGUCUCUAAUUUAGCCACAGGCUCCCACUCUGCUGUAACUUCUCUCAGUCACAACCUGCAGGACCUUGCUUUGCUGGAUCUGGGCAGUACUACAAACACAGCAAGUGCAAUGGAUGUUGGCAGCUUGGUGGUCAAGGGUAAGGAUCUUCAUGCUCCAACUACUCUGUCUUCAGGCUUGGGUGUCCCUGAAGCCACUUCUACCUCACUGCUCCCAGGAGGGAUGCAAGGCGGGCCCAAUCCACCUCCCUUUAAUAGUCAGGCAGACGACAGCCCUCUGUUACGCUCUCUGUCCCCUAUCCUCCCCCUCAGCCAGCCCAGUCCAAUCCGGGGUCAAGAAGUGUCCCUGGCCAAUGUUUUUGUUCCUCUUGAAGCCAUCAAGCCAAGUCAAGUGUGUCCAGUGACAGCCUAUGACAAAAAUGGGGUGCGGGUUCUGCUGCAUUUCGCCACUGACAGUCCACCAGGCAGACCUGAUGUACUGGUGAUGGUGGCGUCCAUGCUGAAUACAGCCCCACUACCUCUCAAAAACAUUGUUCUGCAGGCUGCUGUGCCCAAGACCAUGAAAGUGAAGCUACAACCCCCUUCAGGGACAGAGCUGGUUCCUUUUAACCCAAUCCUUCCUCCUGCUGCCAUCACUCAAGUCAUGCUGCUUUCCAACCCUCUUAAGGAAAAGGUUCGGAUGAGAUACAAACUGACAUUCACGCUGGGAGACCAGCAACACACAGAAGUGGGGGAGGUGAAUGAGUUCCCGCCUGCUGACAGAUGGGGGUUUCUAUAGCCGCUUCUCUGACAUGCUAAGACUUCUUUUAUCAAUUCAGGUUGUUGGGGAGUUCUGUGGUCAACACAAAGGGGAGUAUUGGAAAGCUUUUAGGGAACAUUUUUGAAGAAUCAUAUAUAAACUUUAAUGGACCUUGAAGGAGUUUUUCUGCUUGAGAUGGCCCUCUGAAGUAGCCAAAGUCCUGUAGCAAACAUCCAUCUUCACUGCCAAAGGUAGUUGUUGUGGAUAAUGGCUUUGAGAAAAAAAAUCAAUUGUAAUGUUGAAUUUUGUUAAAUUAUUGAUAGUUUUUCCAAUUCUAUUGAUUUUUCUCUCAUUUUAAGAUCCAUAUGCACCUGCCCCUCCGUUAUGACACAACGGAUCAGAGAAAACAUUCACAUUUAGGAUGUUGGGACCAUCUUAGAAUAGAGAAAACUACUACUUAUAUGUGGUUGUGGUGACAGGUUUACAUGAACAAGUGGGUCUACUUACAGUAUACUUCAAAUGAUCUGCUUCUGACUGUGUAUCUUGACAAUGGUAUACUGAAGAAAUUGGACUAAUAGAAAAGAUAGAUAUUGUUACCAGAUAAAAGCAUCAUUAAGAGGCAGUCACGAUAAGUUUACUUCCUCAAUACAUCUCACAUAAUUUUACUUGUCUGAGUUCUUUUACUAACGCAAACUCUGUUUGUUUUCAGUAUUUCAGUAUUUAUUAUCAUCAAUGUGUUAUUUAUUUUAGUUUUAGGAAGAAGGUGUUGCUAUUGACAGCUCCUUAAGAUUGAUUGACACUUUCAGUAUUGCAUUAAGAACAGCAUGCAUCAGUACUUGCUGUCUGAGUGCUUUAAUGUUGUAAAUACCCAGACAGGCAUUUAAUGAUGUAAUAUAUAAUGCAAGAAAAUGUAGUGUUUUUAGGAGUUGCGUGUCAAGCUGUGCUAUCUGGUUGGCAUAUUUAUUUUUAAAAAGUCAUGUCUGCAAGAUAAAAUAGCAGCAUUGUGCCACAGAUGAUGAAACUACUUUCUUUUCAGGCACAAUAUGAGACAUGAAGGGCAAAGAUCAACAUGUUUUGUGGAAGUACUACUGGAAGUGAAGGCCAGUAGACAGAGAGUCAUAUCCCAAGGCAUAGGUUAGUUUAAGUCCUUGUAUGGCUUUGUUCUUUGGUCUGAUGUUGCAUAUAUUUUUGGAAAUGAAGCUAAAAGACUAGAUGGGUUUCAGAAUGUCAUUUGUAAAAGUUUAGCUCAUGAGGGAUUCGCAUUGUACUGAAAUAUUUGUGGUUAAUACAUAAGGCACACCUAAUGUUUUUCAAAAACUGACUUUUUGUCUUUCGUGGGUUAUUAGUGCUCUAAAGGGGAGAUUCUAUAUAUAUUUCGUACAGAAUUAUUUAUUUGUCCUAGAUUGUUAUACAAACUUAUCAUUACAUAUUUUUGAAACGGUAUUUCUUUGCAUGAUAAAAAAAAAUAAAGAUUGAGAUGUACCUAUUGGUAUUACAAUUUUCA